AUGAAAUUCUCUUAUUUCUUAAAAUAUAAUGCUGUUCCAGAAUGGCAAAGCCAUUAUAUGGAUUAUAAUAAAUUAAAAGAUUUAAUUUAUUCUCUCCAGACUGAAGAAUUGCAUAAUCAAGAUGAAAAUUUUAAAUCUAAUGAAAUUGAAAAACUUCCUUCAAAAACCAAUCCCAUUAAGGAUGACGUUAUUAGAGAAGAAACUUUUGAAUUAAGUGAAUUGCGUAGUUCGUCAAGCAAUGGCAAAACAGGCUCAUCAAGAAAAGAAAAAAUAAAUAAUACCUUAAAAAAAUAUAAACCAUCUAUAUUUGAUAAAACAGAUAAGAACGAUAGAAAAAAUUCUUUAACUAACUCGUCAAUAAAUAGUUUAGAAAGUAAUUCUAUUGGAAGUAAUUCGCAUGAUAUUUUCAUUAAAGCAUUGCUUGAAGACAAAGUAAAAGUUGAUGAUUUUUAUAAAAGAACUGAAACUAAAUUUUAUGAUAAAUUAUCCCAUCUAAUUAAAGAUUUGGAAAAAGAAGGUAUUCAUAAUUUAAGAUCAGUAAAUGAACAAAAUGAAGAGAUUCAAACUUUGCAUUCUAGACCAAACUCACUAACCAACGAAUUGAGAAGUAGAUUCACCGACACUGGAGAAUCUGCUCCCGAUAUAAACUCAGUUGACUUCGAAGAAGAUGAAGAUGAAGAUGACUACGCUGAAGAUAAUAACGAUCAUACUGCAUUACUGAAUUAUUCUCAAUUCAAUGUUAAAUCACAAAGAAAAUCUCUACUAAAACAGUCAAUUGUAAAUUUAUACAUUGAUUUAUGUCAAAUAAAAUCAUUUAUCGAACUUAACAGAAUCGGUUUUAGUAAAAUUUCAAAGAAAUUCGAUAAAGUUUUGAAAAUGAACAUAAGAGCAGAGUUAAUCGAAUCUGGCGAAUUCUUUAAGGAUACCUACGUUUUCCAAGAUGCUGUGUUAAACAUUUUAAAUGAUAGAAUAUUUUCCUUAAUAGAAUUUUAUUCAAUAAUUACUGGUCAAACGUUUGAUAUUGAAAGCUGUGAAAAAGAAUUAAAACAAUCAUUACAUGAUCAUAUUGUUUGGGUCAGAAGUACAACCUGGAAAGAUAUGCUGGGCCUAGCAUCUCAACAAAAUAUCUUUACAGGUUUAGUAGCAGCACCAGAUGCCACAGCAAAAGCUCAAAAAAAUAAGUUGAAGCUAGAAUAUUACUCAUAUGAACUAAAGUCUCCAAUUAACAUUUAUAAAUGGGAAUUAUCUUCUUUGAAGAUUCCGAAACUAUUUUUCACUUGGAAAGCAUUCAAAUUGGCCUUCAUUUUCACAUUUACUGCAAUUUUAUUAGGUGUCAAAACAUUUAAUGAUCCUGUUGAACACCGUUGCAUGGCAUUACUAGAAUGUGUUGCUCUAUUAUGGGCAACUGAAGCUAUCCCAUUAUACGCGACUGCAUUGUUGGUUCCUUUUCUAACUGUGUUGUUUAAAGUUUUAAAGAAUGACGAUGGUACUGUAAAAUCUGCUGCAGAAUCUUCAUCUACUAUCCUAGGUGCAAUGUGGUCAUCAACUAUUGUUAUUUUACUGGCAGGUUUCACUUUAGGUGAAGUCUUGGCUCAAUAUGAUAUUGCCAAAAUCCUAGCGUCGUGGCUACUGGCAUUUGCUGGCACUAAACCUAGAAAUGUUUUAUUAAUGGCUAUGAGUGUUGUUUUCUUCUUAUCUAUGUGGAUUUCCAAUGUAGCUGCUCCAGUUCUUACUUAUUCAUUAUUAACUCCAUUGUUAGAUGAUCUAGAUUCAACUUCACCUUUUGGAAAAGCUUUAGUCUUGGGGAUUGCACUUGCUGCCAAUCUCGGUGGUAUGGCUUCUCCAAUUUCUUCUCCACAAAAUAUUAUUUCGAUGGAAUACUUAGCUGAGUAUGGUAUCGGCUGGGGUCAGUUUUUUGCUAUUUCAAUCCCUACAGGUAUAAUAUCACUGUUAUUAGCUUGGGGUUUAAUGUGCUUGACAUUCAAAAUUAACACAUCAAAAAUCGAAAAAUUUAUUCCAAUUAGAAGCAAAUUUACAUUGAAGCAAUAUUUUAUUGUUGGUAUGACUUUGGCUACUAUUUUAUUAUGGUGUGUUGAAUCCCAAAUUGAAAGUGCCUUUGGUUCUUCAGGUAUUAUUGCUUUACUACCAAUUGUUGUUUUCUUCGGUUCCGGAUUACUAAACACAAAUGAUCUGAAUACAUUUCCUUGGUCCAUUGUUGUUUUAGCAAUGGGUGGUAUUGCAUUGGGUUCUGCUGUGUCUUCAUCAGGUUUAUUAUCAACAGUUGCUUUGGCUUUACAAAGAAAAAUUCAGAACGAUGGUACCUACGCAAUUUUAUGUAUUUUCGGCAUCUUAAUGUUAGUUAUAGGCACUUUCGUAUCUCAUACUGUCUCUGCAAUCAUUAUUAUACCAUUAGUACAAGAGGUGGGCGAUGCUUUAAGUGAUCCCAAAAGUGCUCCAAUUUUAAUCUUCGGUUGUUGUCUAUUGUCUUCCUGUGGUAUGGGAUUAGCCUCGUCAGGUUUCCCAAAUGUUACUGCUAUAUCUAUGGUUGACAAGAAAGGUAACCGUUACUUGUCAAUGAAUACAUUUAUUACAAGAGGUGUACCUUGUUCAUUGUUAGCAUUUUUGUGUGUUAUCACUAUUGGUUACGGUAUCAUGUCGACAGUAUUGAAGGGUAAAACUUCUUAA